GUUUGGCAUUCGAUUGGCUUCGAAGUGCUAACAAUGAAGUUCCCAUUCGCAGCUAUUAGUUUCUCAAUCUUGGUUUAUGGCACGCUUGCCAAUGGCCCGAAAAAUUACUCGACAGAGCUAUAUAGCAGCUCCAUUGUGGGUCUGUUAAAGCUGUUAGACAUUGAGGAUGAGUUUGUGGCUAAUCUGCAGGAAUAUGCAGAGGCCCUGGAGGAAAGGUUGGAAACGCUACAAAUCUUUUUAAAGACGCUAAAUCGUAAUGCUCUUCAGAGCACAAAAGAACAAGAAGAAUAUGUCUCAAAUCCGCUGAACGCAUUCGGACUUAUUCGUCGCAUACGUCAAGACUGGCGCGCAUUACAGGUCUUGAUGGAGGCCAAGGCAGGUGCAGCACAGCUGGCGGCUAUGACAGAGCUUUUGACCAAAGCGCCAACUGAGCAUGAUAUGGAAGAGUCGCUGGUGGGCAUAAAUCGCAUCGAGCUGACCUAUGACCUCAGUGCAAUUGACAUAGCAGAAGGACGCCUGCAGGGCAUACAAUUCAACCAUACGUUUUCCAUACGUGACUGUUUGGCCAUAGCUAAUCACAAUUAUGCCAACAAGAACUACGGCCGGGCUUUGAUCUGGUACCAUAUUGCAUUGAGGCGCGAUAACGAGCCGAAUUUUUUGGCCUACAAUAAAGUCUUGGGCAGGCCCCUAAUCGGUAUCCGUCGCAGAUUUGCCAGAGCGCGUCUAUUGCAAGGUAUGCCGUUUGUUGAGCCCACACUGAAUGAAACAGAAAUGCUGGAAAAAGUAAAUGGAAUAAUGAAGGCAACCAACUCAAGUCAAUUGGAUAACUUCGUAAAUGAACUUUUGGAGCAUGAAGACAUGGACAUUUUGGGGGUAAACCUACUAAAACCGAAGCCGACAGCCCAUUAUUUGGGCUGUCGUGGCCUUUUUCCCAAGCCCAAAAGUCUGAGUUGUCGCUACAACUCGACAACGACACCGUUCCUGCGACUAGCGCCACUCAAAUUGGAGGAGAUCAGCCACGAUCCAUAUAUAGUCAUGUAUCAUAAUGUGCUCUCCGAUAGCGAGAUCGAGGAGAUGAAGCAGCUAAGUGUGCUCAUGGAAAAUGGCCUAUCGGCUACCAAUAAGCCGAAUAAUACAGAGCCGCUCGACAUCGUAGCACGUGCUGGCUGGCUGGUGGAGGCGACACCGUUUCUGGAGCGCAUCAAUCGACGCAUCACAGACAUGACGGGCUUCGAUGUGCUAGAUAUGUGGGCAGUACUGUUGGCUAACUACGGCAUAGGCAACUACUUCAAGCCCCACUACGACUACAUGUACGGUGGGCGUGUGUCUGGUGAGGCCGUUGCCGAGCUGGGCGAACGUAUAGCCACUCUGAUAUUCUAUGCGAGCGAUGUCGCCCAAGGUGGGGCCACCAAUUUUCCCGACAUUCAAGUUGCAGUUCAGCCCCAAAAGGGCAACAGCCUGUUUUGGUAUAAUAUGUUUGAUGACGGCACACCCGAUCCACGUUCACUGCAUUCGGUAUGCCCUACUAUUGUGGGUUCCAGAUGGACGCUCACCAAGUGGUUGCACAUGUGGCCCCAGAUGUUUAUCAAGCCCUGCUACGAAAGGCCAUCGAAAUAAGACUCGAAAAUAAUUUAAAUGAUUUAAUUUUCAGUGAUUCUUUAAUCCGUUAAAAUUUGUAUACAUUUCUGCUAACGUUCUUAUGAU